CAAUUCUCAUUUUUAUUUAUUUUAAAAAAAUCCGAGUCAAUAAAAAACAUUACACAAAAUUGAAAGUUCUAUAAACCAAGAUUACAAAAUUUAAAAAUAAAUUAUGAAUGUAUUUAUCACAGCUUUUCUUUUAGCCUUAACAUACAAUACGAUCGAAGUAGGAUCUGUAAUUGAAGAAGGUUCAAAAACAAGUUAUAUUAGAAAUCAUCUGGGUUCACGCACGCCUUACAGAUUUAGGUCUAACAAGAAUGAUUCAAGAAUAAAGUAUCCAAAUUGUAAAGAUACAAAAAUAUGGAUGGUGAUUCGUCACGGCACGAGGUUACCAGGUCGCAAAGAUAUAACAGCAGCGUCAGCUCUUGUUGAUUUAAAGUAUGAAGUUCUGAGGCAACAUGAAAGGGGUAAAGGUCAAUUAACAAAUCAACAAUUAAAUGAUUUACAAGACUGGGAUUUUGAUAUCGAUCCGGAAGAAGAGAGUCAUUUAACAUUAGAAGGCAAAGAUGAAAUGAUAUUGAUGGCCGAGAGAAUGCAGAAAAGAUUUCCCAAUGCUAUCAAACAAAAAUAUAAUAAUAAAACAUUUUUGUUCCGCUAUACAGCAACACAAAGGGCACAGCAGAGCGCUCGUCACUUCACAAAUGGUUUGUUUGAACGAAGGGAGGCUAAAGACAUAAUAUUCCAGCCAGCCACAAGAGUUGAUCCAGUAUUACGAUUUUACAAACACUGUGACAGGUGGCAAAAGCAAGUUAAGAAAAAUCCAGAGACUUACAAGGAGGCUAAGUUGUUUACUCAUAGUCAUGAAAUGAACAAGACAUUGGAGUUUGUGUCCAAUAGACUGGGUCUUAAUAGAGUACUGAACUGGGAAACUGUGGAAACAAUGUACAAGUUCUGUGGAUAUGAAACUUCGUGGGACAAACAUCACAUAUCGCCAUGGUGUUAUGCAUUUGAUUCAGAGAGUAUACAGGUGCUUGAAUAUUACCACGACUUGAAAGCGUACUGGGUAGACGGCUAUGGACACGAGUUAUCAUAUCGCCAAGCUUGCAUGGCCAUUAAGAAUAUGUUUGAAAACUUCAGCAAAGAGAAUGGUUUACGUUCAAUAUUCCUGUUCACUCAUUCGGGCACUAUCCUUAAAAUCCUGACUCAUAUGCAGUUGUAUCAGCCGCCGGCGCCGCUUCGAGGAGACGCCAUUGUUAAGGACAGGGAAUGGAACUUAUCCAAAAUAGACUGUUUCGCUGCUAACUUGGCGUUUGUGCUGUUCAAAUGCAAGGAUGGAGACCACGUACUAACCCUACACCAAGAGAAGAUCAUCAAACUCCCGAUGUGCGAACACGAACUAUGUCCACUGAAACAUUUGAAGGAAUACUUCUACGAAACCAUAUACAAUUGUGACUAUAACGAUAUGUGUAAACUUGAUAGAAAUGUUACUGCUAAACAUGAGAGCGAUUAGUUGCUUAUGAAUAACCUAUUUUUAUGUGUAGGCAAGCUUCAUAAAAAAGUGAUACUAAUUAGUCCAUCUUUUAUAUGUAGGUACCUACAUAAAAUACUCACACAUUUUUUUUUCUUAAAUAAGUAAACGUACAGUAACGCCUUAAACGAGAGUAAAAAAAUAAACUUACCGGUUUUUAAGUUUAUUUUAUUAGGUUGUCAAAGUAGAGGUUUUUCUUGUCUAAAAGUUGGAUUAAUGAGCAUCACUUUUUUUUACAAUAUGUCAACAGGCUUCAAAAGCUUCAUAUGAUUAAUGGCUUUAAUACUUAGAAGUUUAUACCAGUUUUUACCAUUUUGGUCAAUUAUUCCAUUUGCCCUGCAUAUAUGUAUAACUCGUAGUUUUAUAUCUGUCAUAGCUCUGCUAUGCUUAAAUCAGUCAGAUCAACUGGUCUUUCUAUGUUUUUUUAGUACCUAGAUACUAUCAACGGGCUGGGCCUGAUUGUUAUUUUAUAGGCAUACUACUAAUCUGUGUAUGUGUGCGUAACCAAUUUUAUUUAUUUAAACUGUAUGACAUUCCAUAAGACAUGCGCGAUGGAGAUUUUUAAGUAUUUACCGACUGAUUCUACCAACAUGAGAUAAAGCAAAUGUCUGAGUUUGUUUAUUAAUAUAGCGGUAAUCCUUA